UCUCUCUCUCUCUCUCUCUCUCUCUCUCUCUCUUUCUCUCUCUCUCUCUCUCUCCCCGUUUCGUUCGGCUAUAAAUAAACUCCGCCUGCAUCCUCAAAGAAAAAUAAAGCGGAGAGACGCCGGAGGGUAGUUUAUAUUGCGGUCUUCUUCCCCGCUUCCCCCCUCUCUCUCUUUCUUUCUCUGGAGCUAAUCUUUGGCAAUAUCGAACCGAGGAAAUCUCGUUGGGGGCCGGAGAGGCCGCCUGUUGGAGCUUGGAAGGGGAGUUGGUUCUUGAUCUUGCCGCGGAUCCGUCCGGAAUUGGGGUUGCUUUGGCUUCUCAGCCGGGGUUUUGUGGCGGCGGAGGGGGUUCCUGAGUGGGGGAUCGGAGGGGAGGAUGGAGUAUUGAUUGGAAAGGCGGGGAAUGGAGGUCCGGGAGGGGAUUCGGUGAGGGUUUGAGGUGGUCUGGAGGUUUGGAGUUUUUUUUUCGAGUUUUUUUUCUUUAGAGGGUGGGGAGGGGCGGUGUGGAGAUGGCGAAGGUGCAGCAGAUGCCGCCGUCGAGCAUGGGAACGGGGAGUUUUUAUGAUGGGUCGUCGUCCAAGGUGAGGGAGCCGAUACCGAAGGAUUUCCCAGUGGGGAUGAGGGUUCUUGUGGUGGACGACGACACGAUCUGCUUGAGGAUUUUGGAGCGGAUGCUCCUGGAAUGCCGUUAUAAUGUCACAACUUGUACCAUGGCUACAAGAGCACUAUCUAUUCUGCGUGAGACAAAGGGUGGUUUUGACGUGGUAAUAAGUGAUGUUCAUAUGCCUGACAUGGACGGGUUCCAGUUACUUGAACUUAUUGGUCUUGAAAUGGAUCUUCCUGUUAUCAUGAUGUCGGCUGAUAUGAGAACCAGUAUCGUGAUGCAAGGAAUUAAGCAUGGGGCAUGUGAUUAUUUAAUUAAGCCUGUUCGCAUGGAAGAGCUGAAAAACAUAUGGCAGCAUGUUGUUAGAAAGAAGUGGCAAGACAACAGAGAAGCUGAACAUUCUGAUAGCUUUGAGGAUUCUGACCGUAAUAGACGAGUCACUGGUGAUGCUGAAAAUAAUUCCUCAGGGAUUGAUGCAACUGAUAAUGCCAGCAAAUCUCAGAAAAAGAGAAGAGAUGGUAGAGAAGAUGAUGAAGGUGAACUAGAUAAUAGUGAUUCUUCAUCAAAGAAACCACGUGUAGUGUGGUCUGUGGAACUUCAUCAACAGUUUGUUAAUGCUGUAAACCAACUUGGAAUAGACAAGGCUGUCCCCAAGAGAAUCCUUGACUUGAUGAAUGUUCCAAAUCUCACUAGAGAAAAUGUAGCGAGCCAUUUGCAGAAAUUCAGAUUGUAUCUGAAGAGAUUGAGUAUAGCUCAACACCACACUGGGCUUCCUAAUUCCUUGUCUGGCGUUGGCUCAAAUGCAAAAGUGCCUUUUCUUGGAAGCCUUGAUUUCCAAGGUUUGACUGUCGCAGGUCAAAUUCCUCCACAAACCUUGGCUGCUUGGCAAGAUGAGCUCUUAGGUCGACCUUCUGGCAGCUUAGGAAUGUCAGCAAUGGACCAACCACUUCUUCAACAAGCCUCAAUGCAAGGAGCUAAGUCUGUUCCUAUUGAACAUGGCAUAGCAUUUGGUCUUCCUCUGAUGAAAUGCCCGGCCAACAUGCCCAGACAGUUCCCUCAAUCGAAUGCUGUUAGGGGCUUGUCUUCUGGUUUUCCUACUUCAUCCUCCAGUAAAGUGAUCUCCGCCAGCAAUCUUGGAGGGUUAAGUAAUACUCAAAAUAGUAACUUGCAGGUCCCCGUGUUACAGCAGCAACAGCUGCAUCCUGUGCUAUCAGAAUCCCAUCGUGCAAUUAAUGUGCAACCAUCUUGUCUAGUUCUUCCCUCUCAGGCAUCAAAAAGUUUUCAGGAAAGGGAGAAUCCUGUGCUUGCAAAUCAGAAUUCUGUAGUAGUGCCUUCUCGAUUAUCGACUAGUUUUCAAUCAGGUAAUAAUCCUAAUCCUAUGAAUAUAAUUGUCCCCCCUCAGUCAUCAACCAGUAUGCAGGCAGAUAAUAAUCUUGGUCUCAUAAAUCAGAAUUCAUCAUUGACCAAUUUUCAAGGUGGAAAUAAUCCUGGUCUCAUAAAUCAGAACUCCAUGGUAGUCCCUUCACAGCCGCUGACUAGUUUUCAGGCAGGGAGCAAUCCUUCCCCCAUAAGCCAUAGCUCCAGCUAUAAGAAAGGCAGUAGAAUUGUAGAUUACAACCUACUUUCGUCUAAUUCAAGUAAUGUACAAGUGGGUGAGGCACAGGUCUCAGAUGAAGUCUUCAAGAAUGUCGCUGUGCUAAAUAGCUGCUCGAUUCCUAAAUCAAUUUCUUCAUCAGUGCCAUCCUGUACUGAUGUCGGUUGGUGGGCGCAGACCCUUCAUGGGAAUAUUGGUCCUGUUAAUCAAUCUUGUCUCAUGCCUAACUUGAGCAACAUCCAGGGUGCUGGUGCAGUGUCACAGAUUUUGCCUGAUCAAGGACAAGGGAAAAAUCUUGAUUUGCCCAACUUUAGCAACAUCGAUUGUGGUGGUACAGUGUCACAGACUUUACCUGGUCAAGGACAAGGGAGAAGUCUUGGUUUCAUUGGUAAAGGUGCUCGCAUUCCCAGCUGGUUUGCUGUGGAUGACAUUCAAUCUCCCACUACUGGCUCGCGUCUAAAUGAUGAUGGAGACAUAUUGAACCAAGGUCUUCUUGGAUCUAAUGGCGAUCUUUGAAGUGUGGAACCCCAUGAGUCCUCAGAUUUCAAGUGACUUAUAUGCUCUCUGUAAAUAGGGAUGGGGUGGUAGAAUGCUUCGUGAAAUCCUUAACAGCACUUCAUGGACAACAUUCAGGAUAUCUGAUUCAGUCCUUUUUUCCCUUUUCAAACAUUUCUAUUGUCAUUUAGGUUAGUCACCCUGCUCAGGUCCUCAGAAAUCAUAUAUGGGACUCAAUGUUACUUGUCCUGGGAGGGUGGUGAGUUCGCAAAUUAUUUUUAGUAGCCUCUAUUAUCUUUUGUGAAAGGGAAAGAUAACUUUCAUUGAAUUUUUACAGUUACUGUGCAAUUGAAGAAACAAGCCCCAUUUGUGGCUGUGGUAAUUGGUUUAAUUUGUUGAUUUGAUAGAAUAGCCUAAUUCUAUUUU